CGAAGAGAGAGCGAGCAGCUAGCAGUCAGUGCGGCGAUGUCGACGACGAACGGCGCAUCGAGGGGGCCGCGACCGCGGCAGCAUCGUCUGCUGCUGCUGUCGCUGCUGGUUCUCCUGGUAGCGUGGACUGCUGCUGGGGCCCGGGCCCCCGUAAGUGGCAAAGAUUCCGGAGCCACGUCGAAUGGCGGCGCUGCCAAGGAGUCGCAUCACGCCAAAAAGGAGGAGCCCGUCAUCGAGGAGGUCACUAGUAAACAGCUCGAGCGGCUGCUCAAGGAUAAGGACUUCGUCGCCGUGUACUGGUACGCCCGAAGCUGCACGACAUGCGACAAGGUAUUGGCUGAGCUGGAAAAGAUCGACGACGACACGGACACCUUUGGCGUGGACUUUGUCAAGAUCAACGACAAACGACUGGCCAAGCAGUAUGGCAUCAAGACCUUCCCCGCGCUCACCUACUUCCGCGAGAGGGAGCCGAUCAUCUUCGAGGGUGACCUGAUGGACGAGGAAAGUGUACUCGAGUUCCUCACCAGCCUCGAGGCAAUGGACUUGCCUGACCGGAUCGAAGAGGUUAACGCCAAAAGUUUACAGAAGAACAUCGAGGAGAGCGACUUUGUUGCCGUUCUCUUCUGUCCGGGAGCUGAUAAAUGCACUGGCAGCGACUUUAACAAGCCGGAAUGCAAAAAGUGUGCCAAAGCUCUCCAAGAACUGGAGAAUAUCGACGACGAGGCCGAUCAACUUGGCAUCGGAUUCGUUAAGAUCGCUGACGAACGACUCGCCGAGGAGUACAAUCUCGGACCACUUCCCGUUCUGGUGUACUAUAGGCAUCAAAUUCCCAUCGUUUACGAAGGCGAACUGAGCAGAGAAGAGGAUGUACUCGAAUGGCUGGUAGCGAACAAAAGCACAGGUGAUGAGGAGGAUGUGAUUGAAGAUGUGACUGUAAAAACCCUCCAUACUCUGAUCGGCAACAUCGACAAUCUGGUUGUUCUCUUCUACGAUCAUGGCGAUGAGGAUUCGAUGCAAGUAUUGACAGAGCUGGAAAAAAUAGACGACGACUGUGAUAAACAUGGAAUUCAAUUUGUUAAGAUCGAUGACAAUAAAGCUGCCAAGGAGUUUGGCAUAGAUUCCAUCCCUUCAAUCGUCUAUUUUGAAAAACAAAUCCCAAACGUUUACGACAAAGACCUCCAGAACGAAGAUGAAAUAUUGGAAUGGUUACUUUCACAACUAGAAAAAGACGAAAUCGAAGAUGUUACGGAUGAAAUGUUGGAUCGAUUGGUAAAAGAAGGCAAAACUCUGGCUGUACUUUUCUAUGACAACAACGAUCGUAAAUCGCAAAAGGUGCUGAAUGAACUCGAAAACAUUGACGAUGAAUGUGAUACUUUGGGAGUCAUUUUCGUAAAGAUCGAUAAUCCAGACGAAGCUAAGGAAUAUGGAAUCGAUAAAAUGCCAAGUUUGUUGUACUUUGAAAAGGGUAUACCAACACUAUAUGAAGGUAAUCUUGAGGAUGAAGAGAAAGUGUUAAAAUGGCUCGAACACCAACAGAAAAGUGAUCAUAUUGAAGACAUUACCGAUGAAAUGUUGGACAUGGUAAUUGACAAAAUGCCACACGUCGCCGUCUUAUUUUAUGAUAAAGACCAGAAAAAGAGCAUGAAAGUUUUGGACGAACUCGAAAACGUUGAUGAUGAUUGUGACGAGCAUAACAUCGCCUUCGUCAAAAUCGAUGAUGCUGAAGAAGCUAAGGAAUACGGAAUAGAUGAACUGCCUACUUUAGUAUUUUUCGAAAAAAAAAUACCACAUGUUUACGAUGGGGAUUUGAUGAAUGAGGAUCAGCUCUUAGGUUGGCUUUUACACCAAAAAAAGCACAGCGAAAUUCCAGAAGUUACGGACGAAAUGAUGGAAAAACUCAUUGAAAAUACACCUUAUCUAGCAGUUCUAUUCUAUGAUAAAGAUGAUAAACAAGACAUGCGAAUACUUAAUGAAUUAGAGAAUAUCGAUGAUGACCUUGAAAAAGAAGAAAUAGUAAUUGUUCGUAUGGACAACGAUGCCGAAGCCAAAGAAUUCGGAAUUGACCACCUUCCAACUUUGGUCUAUUUUGAAGAUAAAAUUCCUGCAAUAUAUGAAGGUGAUCUUCUCAAUGAAGAUGAAGUACUUAAGUGGCUUAUUGAACAGAAAAAUUCAGCCACAAUAGAAGAGGUUACCGAUGAAAUCCUUGCUGAUCUCAUUGACGAGCAUGAAUAUGUGGUAGUGUACUUCAGUGGAAACUGUGAUGAUGGAGAUGAAUGUGAUAAUGUUUUAAAAGAACUGGAAAAUAUCGACGAUGAACUAGAUGAAACUGGUAUAAUAUUUGUGACGACAGAAGACACUGGAGUAGCUAAGAAACACGGAAUAAAAAAUUUACCAACACUAGCUUUCUUCCGUAAUAAGGAACCAUUGAUUUUCAAAGGUGAUAUCGAAGAUGAAGAUGAGGUUCUGUCUUGGUUAACUGAUGAAAAUACGCUUGAAAUUCCGGGAAAAAUAGAAGAGGUCAAUGCCAAAAUGUUGGAAAAUAUUCUUGAUGAAAAUGAUUACGUUGUUGUUUUCUUCUAUAAGGAAGGUGAUAAAAAAAGUCAGAAAAUUCUCCAAGAGCUCGAGAAUAUUGAUGACGAAUGCGAAGAGAAGGGCGUCGAUUUUGUAAAAAUUUCUGAUGAAGGAAUUGUAAAAGAAUAUGAUCUACCAAGCCUACCAGCACUUGCCUUUUACAGGCACAAAUUCCGUCAAAUUUACACGGGCGAUAUGAUGCAUGAAGAACAAAUUUUGGAUUGGGUAUUAGAUCUGCGUACAUCCACUCCAGAUGUCAUUGAAAGCGUUGAUCGGAAAACACUUCAAGUCCUCAUCAAUGAUGUAGAACAUUUAGCCGUAUUUUUUUACGAUGAUGAUUGUGAAUCUUGUAAAGAGAUUCUGGAAGAACUUGAAACCAUCGAUGACGAUACCGAUAAACAUGGCAUUCAGUUUGUCAAAUCGAAGGAUGCAAAACUAGCAGCUGAAAUUGGCAUAUUCUCCUUCCCAGCGCUCGUUUAUUACGAAACGGGAGUGCCUAUCAUGUACGACGGUAAUCUUCUCGACGAGGCUGAAGUAUUGGACUGGAUGGUGAGGCAGAAAAAUGACGAGAGUAUCGAAGAAAUCGACCGUGAUACUCUCAACAAGUACAUCGAAACAAAGGAAUUCCUCGCUGUUGUUUUUUACAAGGACGAAGACCCGGAAAGUCCGCGGGUCUUACGACACAUCGAGUUGAUCGACGACGAGGCAUCCGAGUACGGCAUCAAAAUUGUAAAAAUGAGCGACCGACUAAUGGCGAAGAAGUACGGAUUCCGAAAUCCACCGGGAAUCACGUAUUUCCGCAAGGGUAAGUACAUCAAUUACGACGGCGACAUCGACGACGAAGAAGAGAUACUCGACUGGCUGACCAACCCCGAGAACAUGGAGCUUAACGAUCACAUCGAGCGAGUGAACCGCAAGAUGUUCCAAAAGAUCAGGCAGAACUCCGACUACGUAGCUGUAUUCUUCUAUAGCAACGACUGCAAGCAAUGCAGCCGUGUCCUGAGUGAGAUCGAGCACAUUGACGACGAAGCUGAUGGCGCUGGAAUCAAUUUCGUCAAGAUCGACGACAAGCAGUUGGCUAAAGAAUACGGGGUGUUCGCUCUGCCUGCCAUUCUCUUUUUCAAAAUGGGCUCGAAGGAACCAGUUAUUUAUGCAAGCGACUUGUAUGACGAGCAGCAGAUUCUGCAAUGGCUCUUGACGCAAAAGGAUCCUUCGGGAGAAAUGAUCGAGGAUCUGCACGGCGAAGAACUUCUGAAUAUGAUAAGGGAAUCUGAGUCGUUGGCUGUGUUCUUCUGGAAUAAAACGCUUUGCGAUAUCUGCCAAUCGAAAGCAUAUCGCAAGCAGAGACGUCACAAACAAGAACAAAAGGCUGCUGCUGCUGCCGAAAGCGAGGAACAAGAAGAAGGAACAGUCGUUGAUGAUGGUGACGAUUGCGACCACUGUAACGAUAUCUUAGAAGAGUUGGAAAACAUCGACGACGACUGCGACCGACACGGCAUUACAUUCGUAAAAACUGAAGAUUUCAAAAUUGCCGAGGACUACGGAGUGACGGACUUUCCAGUAUUGGUGUACUACGAAAAUCAAAUACCAAACGUAUUCGAGGGCAACCUUGCCGAAGAAGAAGAGGUGCUGCAAUGGCUGAUAACGCAAAAGACGGAGGAUCGCAUCGAGUUGAUAACUCGCACAAUGCUCGAGUCCUUCGUGGAAGAUACGCAAUACUUGGCCGUGUAUUUUUACAAGCAGAACUGCUUCAUUUGCGACGAGAUCCUCGAGGGUCUGGAGAAAAUUGACGACGAGUGCGACGUAUUCGGAAUUCAUUUAGUGAAAAUCCAGGACAUACAAUUGGCUAAGCGAUAUUCCAUUAAAACGUUCCCUGCCCUGGUGUACUUUAGAAACGGCAAUCCGUUAUUGUUCGAAGGCGAUCUGCAGAACGAGGAGUCAGUGCUGGAGUGGCUGAUAGACGACGACAACCGCGAGCUGGCGGACGAAAUCGAGUCGGUGAACGGAAGGAUGCUGGAGAGGCUGCUCGACGAGUCGCCCUUCCUCGCGGUCUUUUUCUUAGACGACGAAGACUGCCCCGAGUGCGACGACAUCAUGGAGGCCCUGGAGAAGAUCGACGGAGAAGCCGACCUCUACGGCAUCGACUUCGUCAAAGUGUCGGAUGCCGGGGCAGCCGAGAAGUACGGCAUACUCAACGUGCCUUCGCUGGUCUACUUCCGGAAGAAGGUGCCGCUCGCCUACGACGGCGACCUGACGCAAGAGGACAAGGUGCUGCAGUGGCUCACGUCGCAGGACGUGUUCGAGAUCAAGAACGAGAUCGAGGAGGUGAAUAAGAAGAUGCUGGACAAGCUGCUGGACGAGAACGAGUUCCUGGCCGUGUUCUUCUACGAGCCGGGCGCCAGGGAGAGCGAGGACGUGAACGAGAGGCUGGAGAACAUCGACGGCGAGACCGACAACCUCGAUAUAACCUUCGUGAAGAUGGCAGACCCGCGGUACGCGCGCAAGUGGGGCGUGACCAAGCUGCCGGCGAUAGUCUACUUCCGCAAGCGCUUCCCCAGCAUAUACCGAGGCGACCUCACCAGGGAGAACGACGUGCUGGAGUGGCUGCGCAAGAACCGCUUCCGCCAGCCGGAGCUCAACAUCUACAUGUACAUGCUGAUCGCGGUGGCCUUGCUCUUCGCCAUGUACACGGGCUUCCUGCUGUCGUGCUUCCGCUCGGAGCCGCCGCCGGCCGCGCCUCAUCCCAAGCAGGCGUGAGGGCGCCGCGACUCGACUCCGUUUGCUCGAUGUCGCCUCGUCGCUGCAUGUACAUACGCUGCUGCUGCCGCUGUUGCUGCCUUGGUCGACCGAGCCGAGCAUAGCCAUUUGCAAGAUCGUUCUUUCUCCUCUUUCGCCAAAUCCUAGACGCGCUGCGUGAGUCCUCUGGUUCGCUUGUGACACGCCUGUUAUCUUGACUGGACGUGGAUAAUGAGCAUUUACGCGCAAUGCCAUCCGAUUGCCAGUACGAUCGUGAACAAGGUAGGAUUUUAGUAUCGCUAGACGAGUGCGGCUAGGGCCGAACAGACCUUCCAUCGACAACCAAACUCUACUUUUCCAACGCGAAAUCUUACGGAAAGAAAUGCGAAAAUUGGGCGCAAUGUAAAUACGUUUGAAAUGCGCGCUUCUAUGUCAGUCAAGAGAUUUUUGGGACCAGCGCAUUGGCCUAUAGUUCAUUGAAUGUCAGUCUUGCCGAAGCACACCGUGGGAUAUGUAAUCGUGGAGUCAGUAUAUUUUCAACAAAUUCAUCACCUUAUCGUGUCCAAGGCGUUAUAUUUUACUUGAAACUUCAGUUACUGUGUAAUCGACUGCGUUAUACCGUGUAAUUGCGAUAUAUUUCAGUGAAAACAAUUUCUUCGGGUAAACAGAGAUUUUAUACACGGACGCUCGCAUAAAAUAAUUGUUAUUGUUAUAUGUAUUCGAUAGCCAAAGCGCGUAAAACCGAUCUAGCUGAAGGAAAAAAGAAUUCACCAUUUUAUACAUAUAUGUUAAGCCUUAUUAUUCAUGUUAUGUUGAUUUCCAAUGAAAUUCGUUUUUCUUUCUCAUUGCAUUGCGGAUAUCGUUGUAAGCAUAUCGUUUAGAGAAUAAAGUGUACGUUCUGUUAGUUACUAGUGAAAUAUUCACCAUGUAUUCUAUAUGGAGAGAAAUACCCUGGUAAAAGUGACAAUAUUCUAGUUUCUACGAAUUUCGUCAACAUUGUCAGUCAGGAAUCGUUCGUUCGACCUGCAGUCCGAAAAUAUUACAAUACAAUGUUUAUUCCAUGAAAAAAAAACUCAUUGUAAUCCAUUUUUCAAAAUAAAGCCAUUUCUGAUCCUUUUGAAACACAGAGAUCUUAUGAAUUUCAGAAACAAAUAUUUAUCUA